AUGCCUCUACUCUGCUCUCGGCCCAAUGUCACUAGCUGGAAUGGCGUGGCUCCUCGCAUCAACGCUGCCCGUUUCGCUCGCUACGUCGGCUGCAGUGUUCGGGUUCCCGGUCGUAUUCAUGAGCAUCGCGGGUCGUCGAUCCUGCUGGAAACAGUCGAUGGUGUCAUUGUGGAAGUCCGCAUCCCAUCGGACAUCGACAUCAGUGACGAGUUGAUGGUCGAAAUAACAGGACUGAUUAUUGAUGAAUGCACUGUUGAGUGUUGGUGGUUCGUUAGCUUCGGCUGUUCUCUAAAUUUUUUGGCCCUGAGCUACGCUAUCGACAUGCUUCAUGACAUCGUGUUCGUCGGGCCUCCCUGUGGCAUCAAGUUUGACGCUCCCGGUACUACGUGGAUUAUCCGGUCUCCACUCGAGGGAUUGGCCAAGCGUGGGUGGGCAAUCAAUGGCCGAUCAUUGUUGCAGGCCGACGACUUUGACAACGAUGUGAAGCGUCCCGGCGCGCCAGAGCCAUUCAAGUUCGGCACGUCGGAGCCGUUCAGGUUCAGCGCGACGGAGCCGUUCACGUUCAGCAUUCAUCAUCGUCGCGUCCAGAAGCUCAUCGAUGAUGAGGAGGAAGUUUCAUGA